AUGGUUAGGGAACAGAGUGAUCACAAAGCCAUUUGUUCCUCCAUUGCUAUGUUGCAAGAGAGGUUUAGACAAUUGGAGAAGUUGAAGGAGAUGAGGGAAGAAAGAGAGCUUCUGAAGUUGAUAUCAGUCUCCUCCAAUAAUCAUCAAUGCAACUCUUAUUAUGAUCAGCAGUACUCCCUAUCUUCAAACUUUUAUGAGCCUUCCAAAUAUAUUUUGCAUUCCGAAGUCAUCUUUCCAACUCAGCCAUUGGAUUCUCAAUUACUCUCCCUCACCCUUUGGCCGACUUCACAGACCAACAAGUAUGCCGACAGUUUCUGGGAUAUCAACAUCGAAAGCACUCAAAAAAUAAGCAGCAAGCCAUCUUGGCUCACCAAUGUACCCUUGGCCAGGCCAACCUUAGUAAAAAAUAUCGAUGAAAGUAGUGUUAAUUCUGAUGUUGAUACUACUCUUCAUCUCUAG